AUGCUCAACAAAACAAUGACCAAUGCCGAGAUUGCAGCGCUGUACUUGGACAACGUGGCGGACACCGUCAACGAUGAGGAGCCCCGGUCUGACGGAGCAACCAUACAGAGAGCCUGCAUUGUGUACGAAAAGGUCCUAGCCAAUGAUGUUGUGGCCAAUUGCAUUCAAUGGUCUGAGAAAGAGUUUGGGGCUGCCUCGCCCUGGAAUUCAAUUGCCAAACUCAACGACAUCCAGGCAAAGUGCAAACAAACAGCCAAAUUGGAGUUCUUCUUUGAGACAGUCACAGAGGCGAUCCGCAUGGGGCACAUUGAAUGCGGUGACCUUUCGGCCUCGAAGCUCAAGAAGAACAUGCUGGACAUUGCGCUAAUGAAGAAGCAGCUCAAGGACUACUUGACCGGCAGAUGGUUGGACUCACGCCAGUUUGAUUCCGACCACAAGGCGGCAGCAAGGAAAAUCUUUGCUUCUGCGAGCAGCUACAGAGAGAAGUUCGUUGACAGCGAACGGACGUGGAUGUCGCAGUGGCCUCCAUCAGCAAGCAAGAUGAUGGACCUGUUCGAGUACUGCUACACAUUUGACAGCAGCGAACUUCCGCAAGUCAAAGCUGCCAUCAAGGCUGGCAAGACCGCGCAAGAAAUGAUCGAAGAAUACCAGCCAUACAAAACGAUGAUUGAGGAAAUCAACCAAGCACUCACCACUGAGUCAACAUUGCUGGAUGUGACCCACACGGAAGAAGCAGCCCCUGCACAAGCGGCUACAGAACCAGCCCCUGCAGAUGCAACGCAGCCGCUGACCGUGCAUGAUGAGGGCGUGAAGCUCCAUGAGGUAGGUGAUUGCUGGUUGUCGCUUUGCGAGCGAACCAUCGCAAAGCACUGUUGCCUAAUCGUUGACAAGGGCAUGUCACAAUCACAGUUGGCAUUGGAGAAAUUCUCGCUAUCAACAGUGAGGGGGAACACUUCAGGAAAUUGCCUGAUUGUGUUUGACGCGAAUGUCUUCGGGGAGGCCAUUACUGCGCCUCACAUCCGCCGAGCUCCGCUCCAGUCGACAGCAGUAACAAAGGUGUUCAAGGCCAUUUCCAAGGUGAGGGAAGUUGAUCAGCCAGGCCUCCUACCCCCAGGAGACAUAUUGGUGAUCGUUGACGGAGGACGCAAGAGCGUGGGGACUCUCCUCAACUUGUUUGGGAUGCACAAGGAUCGCAAAGCCUUUGAUAAAGGCCGCAAAGAAAAGGAUGGGAAGACUCUUUACAGGCAGAUCACCCUCACGUUCACUGAGGACAGCGUUGAGCGCAGAAAAUUCAGGAAGAAGACCAAAAGCUCAUACCUGGAAUGCAGCCAGGUGGCACACGUUUACUACAAUGGGGGCUCGACCAUUGCGCCCAAAAAGAAUGUGCACUUUGCCGGGACCAACAUGGGAGAUGUUCUUGGCCCGAUCGAUUUGCCUGCUCUUCAGAAUCUUCCAAAGUUGAAAGUCAAGGACAAGAAGGAGUUCUGGGGUACUCGCCGCCGUGCGGUGGGAGGCAAGACCGGGUCAGAUUCUGAUUCAGAGGGGUCUGAAUCAGAAGGUGAGGAUGAGGAGGCCGAGGCGGCCACGACCAUCGGCGACUUGACAACUCUGCCAGGUGUUGGGGCUGGACGAGGGGCGAAAGGUUUGAGCGAUGAGAUUGUCCAGCCCGUGAGCUAUCAUCAGCUUCCAUCAACUGUGAUGGAAAGCUUCAUGCACAGCUAUUCAGCCAUCAACACCAUCGAUAUGACUCCUGGAACCGGAGAUGCCGCAAUCAGCGCAGUGUUGAUGAAUUCGGGCUAUGUUGGCGUAUGCCACAGUGAAGCACAGAAGGAAUUCAUCUUGGUUCGGCUCAAGAAGGCUCUGCUGGAAGCUAUGAAGGAUCCUCGGAGCAAGGUGUACGCUCCAGCGUAUGCCAGCCAGAUGGAACAGCAGAAUGAGGCCAAGCGCCAGGCAGAGACAAAGGAUCCGAACCCUGCUGCAAAGAGCAAGGCCAAGACUGCGCCCAAGCCGAUCAAGCCCCCUGCCAAGGACGACCCGAACACCGAUCCUCAGGCAAAAGUCAAGGCCGGCAAGCCGACUGAUGCGGCGGGCAAGCCUAAGGCAAAGCCCAAGUCGCAGCCGGCCGAUCUUUCCGAGAAGUUGAAGGAGCUGCUGGCCAAGAGCAAAGGAGCGGGAGCCGGAGGCCCUGAUGCGGCCUGA